GCCUCUCUCCCUCAAAACCCGAACAAGAGAAAAACGUGGAAAAUAACGGGUAGCCAAAUCGAAGCUCACCCCAAUCUUUUUCCCUACUCAGCCAUUCGUUUUUAAUUCAUUAAUCAGUUUCUCCGCCGGAAAAUCGCACCGUUGUAUAUUUUCUGGUGGAUAAUUCAUCGAUUGAGGCCGAAUGGAGCGACGAACCUAUGAAUCUCCCAUGGACUGGGAAUACCAGAAUAAUGGUCCGAUAGACCCUUCAAGUCCGUUUGUGCAGUCUGCGAAACGAAUGCAAACUAAAAAUACCUUCGGCUCUUCAACUACCAACGGCAACAGUCGUAGCAUUUUUGGUAGCAAUCCCUUCCAGCGCACUCAAAGCACGCCCUCUCCUUCUAAGCCUUUGCCUCCAACGCCGCCGCACCAACCGUCCAUUUUCUCUACGUCUAAUCUUCAAAGAACGACCACCGCUCCGCCCUUCCGAAACCCUGCCUUCACAACCCCCAGGAAGCCCUUCGAAGUCGAUACAUUAUCAGAAUACUCGGCCGCCGAAUCUAGUCCAGCCGCUACUGACGUCUCGGACUAUCCCGAUACGCCCGAAAACGAUCAAUACGACCUUACGCGCAUGACCAUUACACCAUCGACCAUGAAUAGGAACAAAGCGCUAUCAUCUAAGAAGACUCCCGGAAAAGGCGAGAUCUCUAAGACUGUCUUCUCUACACGAGACAAAGUGCGCAAGAGGAAGCGUUAUAAUGCAGAUAAGGACAUUAGCGGUUACCGUCUACCGUAUCUCCAGCCGGACGAACGCGACGAGUCAGAUUAUGAGUCUGACGAGAGCACGUUCGAGCCUGGUAAACCCCGCAAGGAUCAAACGAGGCGCAACAAUGACAACUGGUUCGGAAGAUUUCUAGCUACUUUGCAGCGACAUCCGUAUGCCCCUAGUAUCCUGGGCUAUUGGUUGCAAUUCGGAUUCAACCUAUUCUGUGUAUCAGCCACAUGUUGGGUUGGAUGGGCGGUCAUCAAUGGAUUGCGACAAGAUUUCUCUACUGAGAGACAAGCAUUAAGGGCCGAUAUCCUAGCUGAGAUUGACAAGUGCAAAAGCGACUAUCUCACGAACAAAUGUUCGCCUAUCGAGAAACGACUUCCAGCAAUGUACCAACUAUGCGACCAGUGGUAUGACUGUAUGCACCAAAAUCCAGACAACGUCAAGCAGAUAUCAAGCAGUGCGAAGGAGAUGGCCAAAAUACUCAGCGAGAUCGUUGACACUCUAUCUUAUAAGACUAUAAUAAUAUUGGUUCUCUUGUUCUCUAUUUUUAUCUUCAGUGGGAGGUCUCUAUACAAGAGCGCAAAUGCUUUUACGGAUAUUCCCCAAUCCCAUUCUGCAGCCCCGUUUCCAUCGCAACAUGCAGUCGAUCAACACAUGAGGCCCCCGUCGCAACAAAUAUACUGGCAAGCACUACCACCUCAGACCCCUCGACACACGAAUAACCGGCACCUACUUGCAAACGAUGUCACCCCUGACACUGACGACGGACCGACGAGAUUCCAGUCUCUUCCACCCCCCGAAACACCAACCACACGAAGAAGUCCGACUAAGGGUGAUAGGGGCAGAAGCCCUACGAAGAGUAGGAGUCCGGCCAAACGAUAUUAAUUUAAUGGGGAAAUGGAUUGUAUAGUAGUACUAAAGAGCGAGCACUUUUGGUGUUCAUGUUGGCUGGCUAUCGGUCAUGGUCCCGAGUCGAAUGAGUGGUGCGAUUUAUUCCAUCAAUACUAGAAGGACAGCAUACAUCUUGAGAGUGACGCAAGCAUACAUAAUAACGAAUGUUCAAUACUAUCCAAUUAUGAAG